AUGCAUCCUUGUGUUUUUAUAUUUUUCUCACUUCUCUUUCUAAACCUUGUUGAAACUACAACUGCCAACCAGUUAGUAGCGGUGGAAGGAGGAGGAGAUGAUGCUAAUGGUGUUAUAAACAAGUGUUUGGAUAAGGAGAGACAUGCCCUCCUUCAAUUCAAAGAAAACCUUCAAGACCCCAAAGGUUGUCUCUCUACAUGGAGAGCCGAUGAAGAUGACUGCUGUCAAUGGAAAGGAGUCAUGUGCAACAAGCAAACAGGUCAUGUCACACAGCUUGGAAUUACAGUCUGUGAUCUUGUAGGUGAGAUUAGCCUUUCGUUGCUUAAUUUCAGCUAUCUGAAUCAUCUUGAUCUUUCCCUCAAUUUUUUUCAUGGAACCAUUCCCACAUCCAUUGGUUCAUUGACUCGAUUAAGGUACCUUGACCUCAGCAGCAAUAAUCUUAGGGGAACCAUUCCCAGGUCAGUUGGUUCCUUGGCUCUUUUAACGCGCCUUAUCCUCGGAAACAAUAAUCUUAAUGGAACUAUUCCCUGGUCCAUUGGCUCCUUGACUGAAUUAACAUACCUUGAUCUUUACAGUAACUCUCUUUAUGGAACCAUUCCAAAGUCUGUUGGUUCAUUGACAAAAUUAACAUUCCUUGUCUUUUCCGAUAACUCUCUUUAUGGAACCAUUCCUCCAGAGUUAGGAAACCUCACUAGCUUGCAAAGACUUCUCCUUGGUUCCAUUGGAAGUUGUAGAGCUGAAAACUUAGAGUGGUUGUCUCAUAUGUCUAAUUUGGAGGAGCUUGUUAUGGAUGGAAUUUCACUAGCCACAGCAAAUCAUUGGGUAAAUGUAAUUCCGAGUCUCCCAAAACUAUCAAUUAUAAGUUUAGCGGGAUGUGAGCUGUCACAGGUCAUGUAUCCAUAUUCUUCAUUUCUCAACUCUUCUUCAUCUGUUGUUACCCUUGAUCUCCAAAACAACAGUCUCACCUCAUCCAUGUAUCAUUGGUUGUUUCCCUUAACCAGCAAUAAGCUUCGCAAUCUUUAUCUCUCUAGCAACAUGUUAGAUGGGAUACCCAAAUAUCUUGGUAACCUCUGUAGUUUGGAAAGUUUGACACUCAAUAACAACUCUGCUGUUGUCAGAUUUCCUGAUUUGCUCAAAAACUUGUCUGGAUGCGCAUCACUUACUCUACAAACGUUGGAGGCUUCAACAAGCCAAUUUACAGGGUCUAUUUCUGAUGAUAUCCAAAAGUUUUCUUCCCUAGAAGUAUUGACUCUAUCUAGGAAUAAAUUAAAUGGAAGUAUAAGUGAGCAAUUGUGGGAACUACCAAGGCUUGAAAUUGUGGAUGUUUCUUUCAAUUAUCUUAGAGGUGAUAUCUCUGAAAACAUUGGAAAGUCCAAGCUUAUUAGUAUAGAUCUUUCAGAAAACCCACUCCAAGGAGUUCCUUACACAGAUCACAUAUCAAGCCUUUCUUAUGUAAAGUCUAUUGAUCUAAGCUCUUGCAAGCUAGGGCCUGGCUUCCCCAAAUGGAUUCAUGCACUGAAAAAUCUCACCCGUCUUCAUAUUUCCAAUUCUAGAAUUUCAGACACCAUUCCUCUAGAAUUUUGGGAUAUGUGGCCUUCACAAUUAAGAUAUUUGAAUCUCUCUUCCAACAACAUCAGUGGGGAAAUACCAGAUUUAUCAUCAAAUUUUGAUGGCAAUUCGGUGAUAGAUAUGAGCUCCAACAACUUUUCUGGUCCAAUACCGAAUGUUUCUUCCACUUUGGUCUUAUUAAAUCUUUCCAAAAACAAAUUCAAUGGAGGAAUCUUCUUUUUAUGCCAAAUUGUCGAUGGGUUUUUAGAGUUUCUUGACCUGUCCCAUAACUUUCUAAUGGGACACAUCCCAGAUUGUUUGUGGCAUUUCAAAGAACUUAAAGUUCUCAAUCUAGGACACAACAGUCUCUUUGGAAGGCUUCCUUCCUCUGUUGAAUCUUUGAUUAAAAUUGAGGUGGUGGUGUCCAUUGCAAAUUUGCAAAGGGUUGAACACACAUAG